GAGGGAAGGGCUGAGUGCUGUGCUAGGAGCAGUAAAGCUAGCUGAAAAAUUCCUGCAUUUUGCUUUGUUGUUAUGCUCCCCCUACAAAUUUGUAUAGGCAACAAAACAAGCCAUAGCUCCCAAUACACCUCCAAGUUCCCCAGUGUCCCAGCAGUAGCUCUUCUCCCUCCCCCGACUCUUCAUACACCUGUGCAAUGUCCGGGCAGCAGUGGGUGCAGAGGAGUGUGUCAUCCAAGCAGAAUUUCCUACUCCCAAACCGUCCCAAACCAGGAAGUGACUGUAAAGUUUUCACGCUCCUCUCCUGAGAGCAACACGUCCCCUCCUGCUCAUGGCACUGCCUGCAGCGGAGUCCCCCUGGGGGCACAACUGAUGGCUGGAGAAAUGCCCAGCCUGACCGCAUUAGACCAGCUGCCCUGGAACUCCACCUCUGCGGAGCAAGGGGCCAGAAAUGGGUCCCACUUCAACUUUUGGUACAACACAAACAAGACUCAGCUCUUGGGUGUUUUGUUGGCAAUCACUGGAAAUUUUCUGAUUAGUAUCUCUUUGAAUAUCCAGAAAUAUGCUCAUCUCCGACUGGCAUGCCAAGCAAAUCAAAAGCCCUAUUACACAAGCAAGCUGUGGUGGUGUGGAAUUAUCCUCAUGGGGCUUGGAGAGCUGGGGAAUGCUGCAGCUUAUGGAUUUGCUCCAGCCGCCCUUAUAGCUCCAUUAGGAUGUGUAUCCGUCAUAGGUAGUGCGUUUAUUUCUGUCUUAUUCCUAAAAGAAACCAUGAGGGCUGCUGAUAUGUUAGGUGGAACCCUGACAAUUGCAGGAACAUAUUUGUUGGUGAUAUUCGCUCCAAAUGUAACCCAGGAGCUCACGGCAACUAAAAUACAGAAUUAUUUAAUUAGCUGGCAGUUUCUGAUCUAUGUGAUCUUAGAAAUAAUAAUAUUCUGCAUUCUUCUGUAUUUCUACAAAAGGAAGGAUGUGAAGCACAUUGUGGUUUUGUUAAUGAUGGUAGCACUACUAGCAUCAUUGACUAUUAUUUCAGUAAAGGCUGUGGCUGGCAUGAUAACAUUCUCUGCAAAGGGCAAAAUGCAGCUAACAUACCCCAUUUUCUAUAUCAUGUUGAUUAUAAUGGUGACAUCUUGUGUUUUCCAAGUCAAGUUCUUAAAUCAAGCUAUGCGACUCUACAAUGCAACCAUCGUUGUGCCGAUUAACUUUGUGUUCUUCACAGCCAGCGCCAUCAUUGCAGGGGUCAUAUUUUAUCAGGAAUUCGAAGGUGCAGCUUUGCUGAGUGUGUUCAUGUUUCUAUUCGGGUGUCUUCUGUCAUUUCUUGGUGUGUUUGUAAUCACACGAAAUCGAGAAGAGGAGCAUUUGCAAGUUCCUUAUAUUGACUGUGGACAAAUUCCUGGAAAAAAAAUUAUUGACAAAAUACAGCUGGAUUCAAACAGCUUAUCCUAUGGCACUUUGCAUGAUGAAGAUGACUGGACGAGGGCUCAGAGCUAAGAGCACCUUCAAUUCCAGUUAACAAGAGGAACUCUCUAUUCAUUGACAUCAUAUUCAGCACCCCAUGUUGAUUGCAUAUAUUCAGUGUGUGUGUCAUGUUAUUUUAUGUUGAGAACUCUUAGUGUUAUUUAAGUAUCCUUACGUGUCCCCUGUCUAUCGCAAAUGUGUUACGAUGAGCCAGGAGAGCUAUAAAGCUAGUGACCAUUAAAUGGAGCUGGAUAUUUUCCUGGUAAAAUACCUCUUACUGGUGGUUUAGGGCCAGGUAUUUAAAGGUAUUUAGAUGCCUAAAGAUGCAACUAGCCACACAGUGGGAUUUUCCAAAGCACCCACUUCACCUGCCUGCAUUUAUAGGUGCUUAAUUCCUUUAAAAAUAAGUAAUCAAAAUAUAGUGUGUGUCUAUGAAAGCAUCUGUUGGGAGAAAUCCUGCUUGCCUUAUACAUACAGCUAGUCCCGUUGCCUUCAAAGGAACUACACAUGUGAGUAAAGUGAGUGGGAUUUGUUCCAAUAUAUAAAUAUGGAUACAUUCACGUGGUAUGAAUUUAUGUUGAGAUAUGGUAAAAGGCUGGCAUUAUCAAUUCCUCCAAAGGAGCCCUCUGGGAGGGGAGCUUGUCUCUGUCCUACUGGACUGGAGCAGCAAGCAGCUAUUUCAAUACAAUAGCGGGUGAAGCGGGUGCACACUCUUCCAACAGAGAAAUGGGAAGCCAACCUUCCACUGCUGUUGUAUUUUGAAUAGGCUCGGCUGGGGAAAAAGUGAGUUCAAUAUAUGGGGCCCAGUCGAUGAAGUCAACGGAAAUGUCGUGUGGGUAAAAGAAUCAGGAUCACGAAGGAUAAGCCACUGGGCUAAAAUAUAUCUUUUUCCUUCAUAAAAAGACUUCCCUGCAGUAAGCUAGAGAGCUAGUGCUGGCAGCAGCUGUGGUCACGCAGACGGAGCUUGGGGCUUCGAGUCAGAAAGCCGUAAUCCUACUUUAGCUGCUGACUCACAGGAGAAAGUUACUUAUGGCCGUAGGGAGAUACACAGCCUCAGUUUCUGCUUCUGUCUGCUAAUACUAAUCUACCUCAUGGGUGUGUUGUGAGGAUUAGAUGGGUGCUCUGAGGGAAAAGAAGAAGCACUUUAUAAGUGUUCGGAGUUACUAUUUGAACCUUGUACAAAAUACUUUUGCUCUUUUAAAAGUACAUCAUAUAUCAUAUGCAGCCAGCUCAAUGGGGUCUGCUGAAUGAUGCCUCUUCUAAACACAAUAUUUUUGUAGUCAGUAUUUUUAUUUUAGAAGAGAUCCAGUCAAAGUGACUUUAGUAGUUUAAACACUGAUUUGUUUAUUAGACAUGUUGAAGUACCUAGAAAAUGGUACAUUUUGCUGUACAUUAAUCUCCCUACAUCCAAGAUUCAGGGAAUUUUUUAAUUUGCGAUUUAAGCUUUUGCAAAUUGGCGUAGAGUCACGUACCCAUGGAUUCAAUACCACCCUCCCCCACUUUUCUAUUAAAGUUCGAGGAAGCUGCCCAUCUAUAUCUCUCAGAUGCCCAAUGAGUCUUCCAGCAAAAACAGGAAAGACUAGACUUUAUAUUACUGAUCAAUCUCCGGUAAAAAUGCAGAUUUUUUUAACACACCCUAAAGAAUCAAAAGGGCACUAACUGAAUUUUUCUUUCCUUUGUAGCUCAACUUUAAGCACCCUUUUUACCUGUCAAGUGAAAAUGUCUGCUAAAGAUGGAAAUAAGAUGUCUAUAACUUUCAUUGCUAUUAUUUCCUAGAAAUACUAUUUUUUUUAAGUAAUGGCAGCAGAUACCUCUCUGAAAUUUGUUUCCAUGAUUUGGGAGGGGUGAAGGAGGAAAUUCUCCCAGGAUUUUCUAGUCACAGUAGGAAAUUGAAUGCAAAAUCUCUGGGUAAAUCCAUUAUUUAUUUUAAAAGUACUGUAAUUCUGUGUGACACAUCACCUCCUUCUGACGGUUUAAUAAAAAAUAAAAUGAUGUUCUAUAGAUGGGGAGGGAUAACUUCCGGGGUAAAAUUAAGUGUAAUUGAAAUUGAUAUAUUGAUUAAAAGUUAUAGGAGCCACUGAUAUGUAAUUACACAAUUAACAAUGGUCAUCAGACUUGAUAUAGAUACUUAGGCACACUUCAAUUAAUCUACAUAAGUUCAUGUUACACUAUUGUAAUAUAUAGUCAUGGGCAUUCAUUAGUACUGCCCCCAAAAAUAAACUUGUCAGUUUCGCUGUGUUUAGAAUCCGCUUCUAGUCAAUUUCAGAUUGCCCUAGUGAUGUUUAGAUUGCAAACACUAUAGAGGAAUGUUUGUUAAAACAUAAACCUUUUCAUUGGACUCUAAAGAAAAACAUAAAUGUUUUUUAUUGUAUUAAAUUUUGUAAGAACCUUUUCUUCCCCGAAGAUCAAUAUCUUGGGCCCAAUGUGACCUUUGAAACCUGUUCUACAAGUUGAAUCUGCCUAGAGCCUGAAUAGGUACAAUAUAAAAUCUACAGAAAUAAAUAGAAGGGUGGCCCAAAGUCAGCCCCUCUGAAUGGUUUCUGCAGUGUCUAGUUUGUAAGUCUGACAAACCAGGGCCAGCAGGAUUGAUUCAACCCUUGUUACACUGCUGAUAGACACUGUGCGGGGGAAGUCAGAACUUUAACUUGAGUAUGGGACUGGAAACAGGAACUUUUGAAUUCUAAUCAUGGCUCUGCCAUUGAUUCUGCAUGGGACUUUUGCAAACAACUUAACCUUUCUCUCUCUCAAAAGUGCAAGAUCCACUUUUGUGGAUGGUCACAUGGACACAACUCGAAAGCUCAGCCACCUAGAUUUGUUUAUAAUUUUAUUCAAAAAUUACAGUGUGUCAUCAAUAGACUUUUAGGACCAGAUUGCCCAGUCUAGGUCCAUUUAGUGUCAUGUAAGUGGUGCAAAGUGGCCUUAAAAUGGCUGGUAAUGCCCAACUGAGAAUUUCCCCUAUUCAGGAGAACACUCAAGUGGUAGAGACUGGUCUGUCACCUCCUGUACCAGCCACCCACUCAACCCUUGGAGUAGGUGGGGAGCUGUGGUGGGAACAGUGUUCCACUACCCCUGACCGUCCCCUGCUAUAAGAUCCCAGAGGCACUUCACACCCAGUGCAGAGCUUUUCCCCUGCUGCUUUGGGUCAAGGAACCAGUUAGAGAGCUCCCCUCUCACUUCCCCUCUUGCUGAGUUGGAGCAGAGCAGUUGAAAAUCUGCCGCUUAGUCUGUGUCUGUAAAUCUGUAAUAGUAAAUCUGAAACCAGCAUUUUUCACUAGCAAUAGCAUCAUCUCUGGGUAGUCCCAUUAGUAUUUCCAUCUGCAGAGUCGAUGGAAAUGUGUAAGGCAUGCUGAGACUGACACUGGAAUUCUGUGUACAGUACUGGUGUCCAUAUUUUUAAAAGGAUGUGACUACAGGGAGCGUGCAGAAAAGAGCCAUAAAUGAGUCUAGGUCUGGAAAACAUGCCACAACAGCUACCACUAAGGGAAAAACAUCUCCAGCUCCAAUGGGCUGCAUGUGCACAUGCCGUAAGUGGAAUGGUCAUGUGCAAUCAUGCAAAGAAGAACGGGAUGAAAUUCUAGGGUGUACGUUCAUCAGGAGGGCAAAUGGGAUAAUCCGAUGGUCCCUUCUAAAACUAUGAAUCGAUUUCUCAUGUUACUACAUCGACUAUUAAAAUAUGUUCACAUGCAUAGUCGUCA